GGUGGCGUUAGUGUGCUGGCUAUUUUUGCGCAUGGAUCUUGGAAGAAAACAUUCAGCGACUGAAUCGGGAACGGAAAAAUAGAUAUAUUUUGUCAGGGCCAUAAAACACCACAAAUAUAACUCCACAAUGGCCAGUGUUUCGUAUCACAUCGCAAAUCUUUUGGAGAAGAUGACCUCCAAUGACAAAGAUUUCCGGUUCAUGGCCACCAACGACCUGAUGACAGAGUUACAGAAGGACUCCAUCAAACUGGACGACGACAGCGAAAGAAAAGUUGUAAGAAUGCUGUUGAAACUUCUGGAAGACAAAAAUGGAGAAGUUCAGAAUUUGGCUGUAAAAUGCCUCGGCCCUCUGGUGAACAAGGUGAAAGAGUUCCAGGUGGAGACCAUCGUGGAUACGCUGUGUAACAACAUGAUAUCUACAAAGGAACAGCUCCGCGAUAUCUCCAGUAUAGGUUUGAAGACUGUCAUCAGUGAAUUGCCGCCAUCCUCGACAGCCCUGGCCGCCAGUAUUUGUAAGAAGAUUACUGGACGACUGACUAGUGCUAUCGCUAAGCAAGAAGAUAUGUCAGUACAGUUGGAGGCUUUAGACAUACUGGGAGACUUGCUGAGUCGGUUUGGAGGUCUUCUCAUCAGCUUCCAUCCCAGUAUAAUGCAGUCACUCCUACCACAGCUGUCAAGCCCGCGUCUGGCGGUGAGGAAACGCGCCAUCAUCGCCAUCGGUUAUCUGGUGAUGAGUUGUAACAAUCCGCUGUUCCUUGAGCUGAUCGAGUUCUUACUCACAGAGCUGAACAAAAAUGACACCACCUCUACCACAAGGACUUACAUACAAUGUAUAGGUACCAUCAGUCGACAGGCGGGACACAGAUUUGGGGAACACCUACAGAAGAUGGUGCCACCAAUUGUCAAGUUUUGUAAAGAAGAAGACGAUGAACUGCGAGAGUACUGUCUACAGGCCUUUGAGUCAUUCGUGAGGCGUUGUCCCAAGGAGAUUUCACCGUUUGUCACAGAGAUCAUUAAGAUCUGUCUGCGGUACAUUUGCCACGAUCCCAACUAUAACUAUGACGACGACGAUGACGGUGAUGCUAUGGAAAUGGAGGAGGAAGAAGAAGAAGAUGACGACGAAGAGGAGUACAGUGAUGAUGACGACAUGAGCUGGAAGGUGCGACGGGCUGCAGCCAAAUGUCUUGACGCCAUUAUUGGCACACGACACGAAAUGUUGGUGGAAUUCUACAGAACAGUGUCACCAGCUCUCAUAGCCAGAUUUAAAGAGAGAGAAGAGAAUGUAAAGGCUGACAUUUUCCAUGCCUACAUCACAUUGUUAAGACAGACUCGUCCAAACAUCACUUCAGACCCAGAUGCAAUGGAUCAGGAUGGCGGACCACUGUGUCAGCUACAGGGACAGAUACCUGACAUCGUGAAAGCCAUACACAAACAGCUGAAAGAGAAAAGUGUCAAGACUAGGCAAGGCUGCUUCAGUCUCCUCACAGAGCUAGUCCUGGUACUACCAGGGGCCCUGACGGACCACCUCCAGGCUCUGGUACCAGGCAUCCAGUACUCCCUGGGGGACAAGAAUUCGAGCUCCAACAUGAAGAUUGAUACGCUGUCUUUCCUCAACUGUAUUCUGUCUCACCAUAAUCCGGUCGUGUUUCACGCACACAUCAAAGUCCUAGUGCCACCUGUAGUCCAUUCUGUGGCUGAUCCCUUCUACAAAAUUACCUCCGAGGCACUACUGGUCACUCAGCAGCUGGUCAAGGUUAUUCGACCCCUAGAAGUUCCAGUGAAGUUUGACUACAAGCCGUACGUGAAGGACCUGUACUCUUGUACUCUGGCCAGACUCAAGGCAGCCGACAUUGACCAGGAAGUCAAAGAAAGAGCUAUAUCCUGCAUGGGCCAGAUAAUUCGUAACCUUGGAGAUAGUCUGUCAGCGGAGCUGAAAGAGUGCUUACCAAUUUUCUUGGAAAGAUUGAAGAAUGAAAUAACAAGACUAACUGCAGUGAAAGCCCUCACUAUGAUAGCUGGGUCUCCAUUGAAUAUAGAUCUACGCCCUAUAUUGGACGAAGGCAUACCAAUUUUAGCCUCCUUUCUGAGGAAGAACCAGAGAGCUCUGAAGUUGAGCACAUUAACGUGUCUGGAUGUCCUGGGGAAGAAUUAUGGAGCUGCCUUGACAACAGGAAUGAUCUACGAAAUGAUGAAGGAAAUGCCACCUUUAAUAAGUGAAAAUGAUCUUCAUGUGUCACAGCUGACGUUGCACCUGUUGACAUCUAUAUCAAAGAUCCACAAAUCUUGUAUGGCGACCAUUCCUAAUGAGAUUCUACCACAGAUCCUGCUGCUGAUUCAGUCACCAUUACUUCAGGGUGGCGCACUAGGCUCCCUCCUCGAGUUCUUCCAGGCACUGGUGGCCACAGGGCUUCCAAAACUUGGCUUCAAAGACUUACUCCAGAUGCUGAUUCGCCCAGUAUACAACCCACCCAGUGCCCAGUCUAGUAACGCAUUUGCUGUCCACAAACAGGCAUUCCAUUCCAUAGCCAAAUGCAUGGCAGCCCUGACUGUAAAGAGUCCGUCACAGGCCAACAACGUCGUCAACCAGUUUGUUAGUGAUGUUUGUAAUGCCAAAUCAUCUGAUUCUGUCAAAUUAUUUGCUUUAUUAGCUUUAGGAGAAAUAGGAAAACACAUUGAUGUCAGUAACCAUGGAGAGAUCCAGCUUGUCAUAUUAGAGUCGUUCUCCUCAUUAAAUGAAGAAGUGAAAGCUGCAGCAUCCUAUGCACUUGGAAAUAUCAGUGUUGGAAACUUAAACAAGUUUUUGCCGUUUGUAUUGAAAGAAAUAGAAAACCAACCAAAGCGACAGUAUCUCCUUUUACAUUCUCUAAAAGAGAUUAUAAGUUGUGAGUCGGGAUCAACAACUGGAGUUGAUAACCUCAAGCCCUAUGUACAAACUAUUUGGACAAUGCUAUUCCACCAUUGUGAAUGUCCUGAAGAGGGUACGAGAAACGUCGUGUCGGAAUGUCUCGGCAAACUGACCCUGAUAGACCCCACUGCUCUCCUCUCCAGCCUCAAACAACACCUGGACAGCCAAUCAGCUCUCACCAGGAGUACGGUUGUCACGGCAAUAAAGUUUACAAUUUCUGAUCAACCCCAAGGUAUAGACCCAUUACUACGUAACUGUAUUGGUGACUUCCUGAAGACGCUACAGGACCCUGACCUCAACGUCAGGAGGGUCGCCCUGGUCACAUUUAACUCUGCAGCUCAUAACAAACCCUCACUGAUCCGCGAUCUGCUGGACAAAGUACUGCCCCAUCUGUAUAACGAAACUAAAGUUAGGAAAGAACUGAUUAGAGAGGUAGAAAUGGGUCCAUUUAAACACACACUGGAUGACGGAUUGGACAUCCGAAAGGCUGCGUUUGAGUGCAUGUACACACUUCUGGACUCCUGUCUAGACCGGUUAGAUAUAUUUGAAUUUCUGAACCAUGUUGAGGACGGGCUGAAGGAUCACUACGACAUUAAAAUGUUGACAUACCUCAUGUUGGUGCGACUUGCCCAUCUCUGUCCCAGUGCUGUGUUACAACGUUUGGACCGACUUGUAGAGCCUCUGAGAGCAACAUGUACUACCAAGGUCAAGGCCCACUCAGUCAAACAGGAAUUUGAGAAACAGGAUGAACUCAAGCGGUCAGCCAUGAGGGCAGUGGCCUCCCUGUUAGCUAUACCUGAUGCAGACAAGAGUGCACAGAUGAAUGAGUUCCUCUCCCAGAUAAAAUCCACAACAGAACUGUGCAGUAUGUUUGAGAGCAUCCAGAAGGAUGCUCAAUCCACGUCCUCGACAGACAUCAUUGUCAUGGAUACCAGCUGAGGACAACCAACAGGCUGUGCUCAAUGUUGUAUUUUGCUACAUGAUAGUACAGCGAGAUAAACAUAUGAUUUUCAGGUUGCCUUUCACUACGGAGACUGGAUCUAGAACUGCCAGAGCGAGUCGCAGAUCCAGAUAUUACAAAAUCAUGUCUGCUGUUCCUGAAAGUUUUCUAUGAUAAGAGACUUCAGUCCCUUUGGAAAGUCUCAAAACUCUGCCAAUAGAUUUGCAGGAAUAUCUGAUAAUUCUAAUGAGAAAAAUAAUUUCACCUAUUCAACCAUUGACGGAAACAUCUUCCUGGAUAUAUUUUGUAACACCUUUGAAAUUCAAUCAAACAGAGGUUAGGCUAACUAGCUUUCUGUCUCCAUGUUAAGUUCAAGGUCAAUGCCAAGGUGAACAGAAAUACUGGGCAAACUUGAUUCUGACGUGCCAGUCGUGCCAGGUUUGUGCUUGCUGCCGGCACGCUACAUUCAAGCCAGGCGGCAUACGCGCAAUAUGGCUGAAACAAGUCCCAUUGUCUGUCUCUCCAGUCCGGCGAAACUUCUUAUCCAACGGUACGUGCCAAACUUGCGGGACUUGCAUAAUCAAGUGGUAGUACCGCCUUCCGGCGGCAACCGGCACGCCAGAAUCAAGUUCGUCCAUUGUGGUGUAAUACUUAUCCUUAUUUGGUGCAUAUGAAACAGUCUACACACGUCAUUGUAAUGUCUUAAAAAUAUAAUUUUACACCCUGGUUAAAGAAAUUGAAUUGUUCAUUCACAGACAUUACGAUGUUCAGUUAUAGACAUUAGAAAGAAUGUGUAUGAACAUUGUUAUCAGGCCAUAUACCAGGUAGACAUUAUAAUGUCUUUAACUCAUUCACCCCUACAUAUUUAAUAACUGGACUUGCCAAGUCUUUGAUUAGGUAAGGUCCAAAUGUGACUUUAGGGGUGAAUGGGUUAAAGACGUCAUAAUGACCCGAGCAUAGAAGUCUUUAUAAGUAAAAUGUCUAUAGACAUCAUGUUUGUGUGUAGACAUUGUGAUACUGUGUAUAGAUGUGAAACAAUCUGAGUAUAUACAUCUUAAUAGACUCUAGACAUCAUAUUGUCUAUAAAUAUACCGUAAUGUCUGCAUUUGACAUCGUAAUGUGCGUGUACACUGUGAAUUUUCCACCCCGUCAAAUUUUCACCCUUUGAGAGUAAAAUCCAUUUUUGUCCAAUAUGAAGUUCGCUCGUCACGUUUAAUUACCAUGUAUAUCAUGUCGUUUAAAAAAGUUUGCUGUAAUGAUAAAUUCGCCCUCAUUACGGAGGGCGUAAAAAGGUGAAAAUUAAACUGCUGCGAAAAUGUCCUGGUAAACAUACAGUAAACAUGGUUAUAUAUAAUGACAUUGUGAUAUCUGUACAGACUUAAAAAUAUCUGCAAAGAUGUUCUCAAUUCCUGCUCCUCUAUUGGAACUUCAAUGUGGAUGCAAGUAAAGUUUUGAAGAUAAACAAUUCUGCAAUCAAAUAUAUGUAUAAAUAUGAAGUGAAUGGUUAGUGUUAUAUAAUUUAUAUGUGUGGCGUGAAUGAGCCUGUAUGUAGCCUGCUGCCAUGGUGACAUGGUCAUACUGUGAUCAUUGUGAAAAGUGCUAUUCCUGCAGUACAUUAUACUCUACUACUCGAUUUGAUUUUGAAUGUAAUAAUACAAUCUUAACCUUUUUUGAUGGAACUAAUUAAAUGAUAGGAUUUCCAAAUUGUUCCCCGCAGAACUUACAGAAACUCUGCACAGGUCUUUCAUCUUACGAUUUUGUUGUUGAUUUUCAAAGUGCUAAGGGCAAUAUGAGGUUACCCAAACAAGUGAUUUUCUAACGUUAACUUCUUCACUGCUAAGAAUUUAAACAAUUGAUUACCUUUAAACUACUUAUUCUGCAUGAGAUAUCUUAUCUGGUAUUCCAAAAAUUUAGAAAGUGUCCUGACAAUGGAGAAUCCACUAAUCUCAGCAGAUUUUUAUUAACUCAUUCACCCCUGAUAUUUUAUAAUGAACUAUUCCAGCAUUUGAAUUGAAAGAGUUCAAAUGUGAAUUAAGGUGUGAAUGAGUUUUGAACAUUUGUAGAUUCUCUCAAUGUGUUAUUUCUGUUUUCAAUUUCCUGUCAAGUAUUAAUGUUCCUAUAGUAGCUGGAACUUGACCACAGGGAAGGGUAGGGACCUAGACGCAGUGUUUAAUAUACUCUAGUUGUUGUACGAGUAAUGCUUCCAUGCAAUGACCUUGUGGUAACAUAUGUUGUCCAUCCUCAAUACUCCAAGGGCUAUGCUAACAUGACCCCUCUGCUCCCCUGAAAUUAUGUCAGGGCAAAAUUCAAAAAGAUAUUUUUUGAUUGGUCUCGGGUAUAAAAAAAUUGACCACUUCCUAGGCCGAUAACUGUCCUUCGAAGAUUACAGAGGAGAGUCACCCCGACUUCCAAGCCUGUCUAUUACAGUAUCGCACAAUUCUUUUGAUAUUUAUCAAAGGAUCGAACUAGUCUUCUCGUCUCGUCCACAAGGUGGUCACACCGAGCCUUCAAUUUUGCUAUGACAUAUUCCAGGGGUGCAGAGAGCGAAAGUGAGCGUAACUCCUGGAUAUUGAGGAUGAUGCCAAGCUAUCUGUAUUGAUGGUCUUAUCAAUUAUCUUUAUCCACUGUUUAAUCUGUAGAGAUGGAUGUGAUAUGGAAAUCUGAAACGAAUAUAUCCCUUGCUGGAGAGGAGUGUAGACACCAGACAUUGUAAUACAAUCUAAAAUCAACUCCAGUCUGGACACAAGACUGUUUAAACCCUUUCACCCCUAUGUAACUUUAGUAGACUCUACCAUGCAUUGAUCUGGAUGAGUCCAUUAUGGUCUACAGUGGUGAAAGGGUUUAACACAAGCUGUGCUUGUCAGAAUCUGUGUUUUUGUGAUUUGAGCAUAAAAUUUACAACAAACGCUGCAGAAAAUUUAGUGCUGCCCUCUUGUAAGUGCUUAGUUCGUGCAUUUUCGAUGGUACAUGUAUUGCUAUCCUUGAGCAGGUACUAAAUGCUGUUUCUAUGGAAGUGUUUUUUCAGUGUAAGCCCAGUGCAAACACAGUGCACCCUUGUUUAACUAAUUUGCCCCUGAAGACACAUUUGAACCCUUCCAAUUCAAAGGUUGGAAUAAUUCAUUAUGAAACUUCAGGGGUGAAUGAGUUAAAAGUGCUAACUUCAUGCUUUCCAGUUGAAGUGCUAUCCUGGAGCAGGUACCAACAGGUACUAAUUAUAAGUGCUGUUUCUCGGCGCAAGCCCAGUGCAAACUCUGUGCUACCCCUAUUUAAGUGCUAACUUCCUGUGGCCCUGGUGCAAGUGCUGGAAAUACCGUUUUAUUUUUAUUUCAUAUUAAUAGCAUAUUAUUUUUUAAGGAAUAUGACAUUGAUAAAUAGCUUUAGCGUCAAAUUGAAGAUUUAUUGUAAAAUGGAGAUAAGGACAUACUUUAUUUCCAUUCAAAAUAGUUAUCUGUAUACAUUACAAUCUCUGCAUGUUGAUGUGUGCGUACUACAGCAGAAAGGUAACAGUUUUAUUGCUUUGUUAGACACGAUACCUCUGAUGUAAUAUCGUCGGAAUAAAUUAAAAACUGUUCGUUUUAAAACCUACCUGGAUUACAUAUAUAUCGGUAUGUAAAUUCGCUGUAGUUUUCUUACCCUCCUUGGGGAUUAAAUGUUUUGAUUUAAAAUCACA